UUGCCUUGCCCCCGCCUCGUGUGCAGGGCGGAGCAGGGCGCGGGCGGAUACCACCACUACCACGGCGUCGGGGACGGCGCCCUCCUCCCCGAGCUCCCGCGCAGCCCCAACCCCAGCUCCAAGUCUUCCAGCAACCUCACCGCCGCCACCUUCGUGCAGCCGCUCGCCGUCGCGCAUGGAGGAGUAGCGCCCUCGUUCGGCAUGGCGCCCCCGGCGGUGGCCGCGGCGGCUGAUGACGCCCGGUUCUGCCUGCCGUGGGCGGCGGCGGGUGCGGCGCCCUUCGAGAACUGGGGCGACUCCGGCAUCGUCGUCACGAGCCCGCUCACCGAGACGACCUGCACCGACGCCGACGACGCCAGCGGCGACAGGCAGCACGCGCAGGGUGGAGCCAUCACGCAGAGCGUCGCCGCUUACAUGGAUUCGUGCGCUGCGUCCAAGGAAGGACCAUGCAGGGAUCAGAAGGUGCAGAGGAGGCUUGCGCAGAACCGCGAGGCGGCCCGGAAAAGCCGGAUGAGGAAGAAGGCGUACAUUGUGGAGCUGGAGAGCAGCCGGACUAAGCUGGCGCAGCUUGAGCAGGAGCUUCAGAGGGCAAGGCAGCAGGGGAUGUUCAUUGCAAGCGGACGCACCGGUGAUCAUGGAGGCUCCACCGGAGGCGCGUCGGCGUUCGACCUGGAGUACGCGCGGUGGCUGGACGAGCACCAGCGGCACAUGACCGACCUCCGCGUGGCCCUGGGCGCGCAGAUCGGCGACGACGACCUUCGCGUGCUGGUGGACGGCGCGAUGCUGCACUACGAGCAGAUGUUCCGGCUCAAGGGCGCGGCCACCCGGUCCGACGUGUUCCACGUGCUGUCGGGGAUGUGGAUGAGCCCCGCGGAGCGGUUCUUCAUGUGGCUGGGCGGGUUCCGGUCGUCGGAGCUGCUCAAGGUGCUGGCGCGGCACGUGGAGCCGUUGACGGAGCAGCAGCUGGUGGGCAUCUGCAGCCUGCAGCAGUCGUCGCAGCAGGCCGAGGACGCGCUGUCGCAGGGGAUGGAGGCCCUGCAGCAGGCGCUGGCGGACACGCUCGCCGCCGCCGCCGCCGGGGCCGGGGCGGGGGGCGCCGAGAGCGUGACCAACUACAUGGGGCAGAUGGCCGUGGCCAUGGGCAAGCUCGCCACCGUGGAGAACUUCCUCCGGCAGGCGGACCUGCUCCGGCAGCAGACGCUGCAGCAGAUGCGCCGGAUCCUGACCACGCGGCAGGCGGCGCGCGCGCUGCUCGUCGUCAGCGACUACUUCUCCCGGCUCCGGGCGCUGAGCUCCCUGUGGCUCACGCGGCCGAGGGACUGACAGGCGCGGCGGACGGCAGAUGGCGCCUCGCCGCCUGGACCGUGGAUGGGAGCGUGACGGCAUCGUGCUGGCGACGCUUUGAGAUGAAACCAUUUGGGAUCGGCUGGUCUGACUGGAGCUGGAAAUCGGGGAUGUAGCGGAGAGUAGUGUGAUCGUGUCUUGGUGGUGUUGGUAACUCGGGCACUUGGCCGUACAUGGUGUUGGGAGUCCAGCAGCCACUCGGCUAGUGUAGUGACUGUGUACCAUUCUGAUGAGCUUUGUAGGAGAAACUUGUACUACUGUACAACCU